GCAACAGUUAAAAAAGAAAAACUUUUAUACGGUAGUAUCAUUCUUAACUCAGUUACAUAUCUGUCCUGCCGCGUCACACGCGCUGCCGACUUUCACAGGAUCUGACUUGAUCACUUGCAAUCAUGAGCUCGAACGUUGAAGCGCAAGGUAGCAACCACCAGGAAAGAAAGAGAACACCGAAAUGCGCGCGAUGCAGAAAUCAUGGUUUCGACUCUAUUCUAAAGGGUCACAAAGGAUUUUGUCGCUGGAGAGACUGUCUAUGCCCAAAGUGCAUGCUGAUUGCCGAACGACAACGAGUACUUGCUGCUCAAGUUGCGUUGCGACGUCAACAAAUGCAAGAGCUUCGCAAUCCUUUACCACCGGGCGACUUAUUUACGGCUCUUGCAAGGCAAGAGGAGAAAACUGAAGACCACUCGUCUACAGCCACAAGUCCAGCAAUUAUGGAGAAAAACCAAGAAAAGAAUGGAAUAUCCAGCCCGAAAAAUGGAGAUAUUCAAGUGAAACGCGAGACACGUUCGCCUGGGGAGAGCAGACAUUCUCCCAAUAAAACGACGAACGAUUUGAAUGAUGCAACCUCAAACUCAAGCGAUACAAUACCGUCAGAAUACGGCAGGCAAGUCCCAGGAUCAAUCUACUUCAACCGUGCCAUGUGCCCAACAGGGUGUACUUGUUCAGCGUUUCGACCCUUUACCAAUGGCGCCGCUCCAUUUCACGAUUUAAAACGCCGAAUUAUGGCGAAUGUUACGCACGAUGAUCGACCUCAAGACAUUUCAUAUCGAAGCGAGAGCUCCCAUGGCGUAAAGAAGCGACGAAUUUACGACUAUGACAUCUUCAACCGAACGCCAGUCGCAGCUCCGAUGCCAGCACUUCAAGGCUUUCCGAUAAGCCACAGGUUAUCGAACACAGAACUGCUCUUACAAAUAUUUCCAAAGAUGAAGGCCAAUGUCCUACAGCUGGUGUUGCAGGCUUGCCGUGGAGAUAUCAUCCAAGCUAUCGAUCAAAUACUUUAUAAGUACAAACCAGAUACAAUCAACUACUUUAAUUCGCCAGUCUUUCAAAAUCGAGAUUUUUCUCAAGACGCUAGCCCUUUCAAUUUUCCAAGACAUGAAGCGUAUUUCCCCGGGUUCCCAAGCCCGUUUUCUCCUUUUGGAGUCUAUCCGAAAUAUCAACUUCCCCUUGCCCCACCGUUCAGUUUGCGUCCUAAAUACCAAGAAGAUUCCGCAGGUUCGAGGAUACAGCCAUACACCAUGGAUUCCAAUAACCACGUGCCACGCACGUCAUCCACAUUCAGCAGUCCAGUCCCUCCAAAAAAGAGCGACGAAGAAAAAAAUGACAAUCAAUAAAGUUCAACACUCGAUUGAUCAUGUUUCUGCAGUCGAAAAUGCCAGAAAAAAAUGACAAAGGUUAUAUUUGAAAAAGGAUACAUUAUAGGUUAUAAUAAAAUACAACUGUUUUGUAAAUAUUAAAUAUCUCAACAAUAAAAAUGUAAAGUUAAUUA